AAUAGAUUAAGCAUGCACCUCGUCAUUUCAUUGUCAAGCAAAUCUAGCUUCUUAGCUGUACUCUUAUCUUCUAAUCUAAACAUUAGUAAGCUUAAGCUAGCUAAUUGUACGUACUUGGGAAUUGAAGCAUGGCUAUUUUCUCGGGUGAUCAUUGGACUCUUGCGUUUGGCAUAUGUGGGUUCAAACCUUCAGUCCAGAAAUCGGCGCUGGGGUUCCUCGAUCAUGCGGCUUCACUCCCUUCAUCUUCUCCUCUCCUAUAAGCUGAUAGUUUCCUGGACUUGUGGACUUCUGGGAUGUUUGAUUAUUGCAGUGUUGAUGGGGAUAAGAAGAGAGAAUCAGAGUAUCCUUUGGGUAUAAGCAGCAAAGAUGGAUGGAAGAAGAAGCCUUUGAAGAAGAAGAAGAAGAAGAAGAAGAAGAAGAAGAAGAAGUCUAAAGCUUCACAGUAUAGCCGGUGUUUGUGGCCAAGCCAAGGUGCAGUUAGGGAUUUCAGCAAGUUUAAUGGCCAUAGUGAAAUGGAUGAUUAUCCUGAAACUGAUUGGAGUGAAAGAGAAUUGGCUUUGGAAAAGAUACAUAUGCAUGCUUUCUCUAAGAGAAAUUCUUGUCUUUUAUAUGAUUCAAGUGAUAAUAAUAAUAAUAGUAAAAGGUUGGAUCCCUCUUUUGUCCAGAAAGCUGCAGCUAGACAG